AUGGAGAUCUCCACUCUCCGUAUUGGCCUGAUCCUGUUUCUGGGUUUGUGUGAGCUGAACUCAGUUCUUGCCCUGAAUGGUUCUGUGGAUGAUGUUAAACAAAGGGCUGGGCUUACAGAGGACAGGACUGGUGCUGGGGUCAGCACUCAGGCUUCAUCUGUGAAAUGUAAGCUCCAAGGUACCACUCGUAUACCUGCAUUUGCAAUGGAUGGUGACUGCGUUAUUGGUGGUGUUUUCUCUAUACACUACUACAUGCACAGAGUGAAGCAUAACUACACCACCAUGCCUGAGCCACUAAACUGCACAGGAAGCAUUAACACCCGUGAAUUGCGCUUCUCACGUGCAAUGAUCUUUGCCAUCGAGGAGAUAAACAACACUACAGAGCUGCUGCCAGGAAUCAAACUCGGUUAUCAGAUCUACGACUCGUGCGCCUCGGUGCCCGUGACGGUGCAUGUGGCAUUCCAGCUUUCAAACAGCCUGGACCCGGUUUUUUACACUGGUGACAGUUGCUCACAAUCUGGUAUGGUGAUGGCUGUCAUUGGUGAGACUGGGUCCACGCCAUCCUCACUGUUGCGCCGCUGGUUAUUCCUAUUCCUCAAGGUGAGCCAUUUUGCUACUUGUGCAUGUCUGUCCAAUAAGCAGCAGUACCCAAAUUUCUUCAGAACCGUCCCUAGUGAUCAGUUCCAGCGAUUAGCGCUGGCCAAGCUGGUAAAACAACUUUGGUGGACUUGGAUAGGUGCUGCGGUAAGAUCGGACUAUGGCAAUAAUGGUAUGGCGUCUUUUUUGGCCGAGCACAAAGAGGGGGAUCCUGUGUGGGAAUACUCUGAAUCUUCUAUCGGACCAACACCCAUCGGAGGACCUGAGGACACUUCUGCUGGAGGAGAGCUGUCGCUGAGCCUCUCCACCUCGGCGCAGUGGAUAGCAAGUGAAGCAAUGUACAAAACACAGACCAUGCUGAGGUUCCGUCUUCUGUUCUGGAGCCAGCGAUUGGCAUUGAGCGAUCGUCAUCCAGGCUGA